UGGAAAACUGCUCGGCCUUCACCUAUCCCAAAGACGGACCACCGACAGAACGAGAAAGUUUACCGCCCAGUUUCCUGCCGGCUCUUACAAAAAGCGUUUGAACGGUUAGUGCUAAAACAAUUAAUUUUCUACAUUGUUGAGUUUUAUUUAUUGGCACUAAGUAUAUCUGGUUUUUGCAAGGGCCAUUCUUGACUACAAAAACUGCGCUGCUAGGUAUUCGCGAUUAUCUCCUGCCAGCUAUGAAGAGGGGUGAAGUCAGCUUGAUGGUUUUUUUAAGCAGAAUAUUCUAAAGCCUUUGACACAGACAGUAUUAACCAAGGUGUACGCUUUAGGUUUUUUACAUGUCUUGAAUGCAAUGCUUGGACUACCAUAUCAAACUCAUUGCCCACAAAUGAGGACAUUUGCUCUUCAGUGAUCAUUACAUGGAGUGUAUGCUAACGGGCGUGCGCAAAGGUAUUACGUUUCACCAUCACAAAUAAACAUGGGCGAUCGACCGAAGCGAAUGUCAUGUCUUCUACGGCGUUUUGCGUAAGAAUUCUGUCAGCUCUGCGAAAAAAAGAUGGAGAAAGUGGAACGAAAACGCAAAACAGACAGGGAUUUGUAUGUUGUUGAGGUUGUUGAAGUGGAUACGAAGCGAAAACAGCUAAAAUUAAUUUCGUGGGAUUCAGUCACGAAUACGAUGAGUGGCGUGAUUACGAUAUUAAAAGGAAUUACUUUCCCUUCGUUCGCUUGGAAAAAAUGUUUUUCCCCGAGGAAGGUUUGCUGGAGGAUAGAGGCAACAUUCACGGGCCAUUGUACGUUGCCUGAUUCCUUCAAUAUCUUCUCAAUUAUGUGUACAAGAGCAGAUUCUCUGGUCCCUUCUUCGGCCUUUGAAAUGGUAUAAAUUAAAAAGCUGCUGGAAUAAAUAGAAGAAACGAGGAAUUAUUAAAUAUCCGAAAAUUUAGAAUCGAACUGUUUGAAAAUAUAAUUAAGCUCUUUUUAAAAUAUUCAUCAUCACUUCAAAUUACUUACUUGUUAAUCUCGUAAGUAUACGAAGGACCGUUUUGCUGGCUGAAUUUCUCACUAUUUUCGCCUUGAAAAUUAUCUUCAACUGUAGAAACCGCCAUGGUACAAGCGAAGAGAAGAAAGAGACCAAGAUGAACCUCCGAAGUCAUUUUGCCCCACCGAAAUCUGCACGAAUCCCAACAAAUUACAUGUCUAAACGCUGCAAAUAAAUUUAACUCUUUGAAUUUGGCGGUGCAUUUAUUAUUCCGCGCAUGCUCUGUCGAGCCAGUCCAGUUUUUCUCGACCCGCUGCUUUCAAGACCGGUCACGCUUUUGUAAAUUUACAUCCAAAACCGACGGAAAAAAAUACAAAAAUGCCCCAUCGAAAUCUUAACAAAAUAACUCUAGUUUUUCACCACUAGUAGCUUAGAUAGCACUUAGUUCAAUACCGGUGGUGCAUUUCUGAUAGAUCUACUACUUUGAGAAGGAAAGGCAAUAUUCUGCAGAAAGUAGAGUGUUUUCAGCUCUAUUUUACCGGAUGUUGAGGCCACCUGACGUGCCAUAGGGCAAAUGUCGCAAUGAGGUUGAUAUGAGUCGAUUACCUCUCUGAUCGCUGCCAGUUCGUUGAAAUGGAUAACAAGACCUCGUCGAUCGAGACUGUACUGUUUUGUGUCCCACAGGGCUCAAUACUUGGACCUUUUAUGUUCAACCUAUAUAUGCCUGAUCUUCAAAAGCACAUUAAGUGUCCUCGCUACCAGUACGCAGACGAUACAACUUUCUUUCGAUUUCUUUGUUCACUCAAAGACCAAGGACGCCAUAUCUCGUCUGGUGGAUUCCUCAUCUGAGUCAAACCUCGCAUUGAAUGAAGCUAAAACAAAGUGGAUGCUUGUUUCCACUCAUUAGAUGUCUCGAGCUCACGCGUUACAGGAUUAUUAUCCAGUUAUUAGCUGCAAUGGGAAGCUAAUAGAACGUGUCACCACAGCUUAGAUACUGCGGGGUCAACAUGAACGAACAUCUAACAUGGGUUGAUCUCGUGACUUCACUUCUUUCAUCCUAACGCGACUUAGAUUAACGGGAAUUUUUAAAUUCACGUUCAUUUCAUGAAGCUUUGACAUUUUUCAACAAUAAAGCUAAAGUAAUUCGUCUUAUUAUUUUAAUGGCCAAAAGGCAGUGACUGGCGUUUAAAAGCGAUUAGUAGAAAGGAGAAGGAAAGUGAUACGCAACUGAAAACUCUGACAAUAACUGGCUGUUUAUUAUAUUUUAUCAUGAUAUCAUUUAUUUAUAUAUCCAUUGUGUUUGGAUGUGUCUUAGAACUGCCUUUUGGUCAAACUUAAUGAAACUUUGAUUUUUUUGUAGAUAUCAGAUAAUGACCUCGUGCUGGAACUUAGAACCUUCAAAACGACCAACAUUUCAGGAUCUUGUGACGUCACUUGAGCAAGAGUUGGAAAAGAGAGGAGCAAGUACUCAUACGUAG